UUUCUUCGCCCAAUUUGUACAAGGGUCGCCACUAGUUACCACAGACACAAAGUCAAAACCCCCCGCCUAUUUCGUCCAUUUCUAUCAAUUAAAAUGUUAUUUUAAACCUAACCUUAACCACACCGAUAGCCGUAUACAUAACCCUAAAUUAAGAGCAAACAUCUCAUUUGUGUAUGAAUUUAUACAAUUUUGACUUUGUGACUGUUGCAUCUAGUGAAAACCCAGCAUAAAUUGCAACAUUACUGAGCCUCUCAUUUGUAACUAAAGGGUUCAUUCAAUACAGCAACUAUCGUCAAGCGACCACUUCCACAACCAAGAUCUUCAAGAAACAAUAUUUCCGGGAUCAAUUUUACAUCGCGUCAGUAACAAGGAGACAUCUGAUAAUACCGAUAACGGAAGUGGGUUUUUUGCGAAUUGAAAUUUAUCCGUGAGAUCGGGUAGUUGACUCCGCAGUGAUGUUUCAGAUCAACAGAAUUUGCUGUAUAGGAGCAGGCUAUGUGGGAGGACCAACCUGCAGUGUCAUCGCCCACAUGUGUCCAGAGAUCCACGUGACUGUGGUCGACGUCAACGAAUCUCGGAUCAACGCCUGGAACUCCGACACACUGCCCAUAUACGAGCCAGGGUUGAAGGAGGUAGUGGAGUCAUGCCGAGGGAAGAAUCUCUUCUUCUCUACAGAUAUAGAUUCUGCCAUCAGAGAUGCUGACCUCGUCUUCAUAUCAGUGAACACCCCCACUAAGACCUAUGGGAUGGGGAAGGGGCGUGCAGCCGACCUAAAGUACAUAGAGGCCUGUGCUCGCCGCAUCGUAGAGGUUUCCAACGGUUACAAGAUCGUCACGGAGAAGAGCACGGUUCCGGUCCGAGCGGCUGAGAGUAUCAGACGGAUCUUUGACUCCAACACCAAACCCAACCUCAACCUGCAGGUGCUGUCCAACCCAGAGUUCCUGGCGGAGGGUACGGCGGUGCGUGACCUGAAGGAGCCAGACCGCGUCCUGAUUGGAGGAGACGAGACGGCGGAGGGUCAGAGGGCGAUCAGGGCUCUGUGUGACGUCUACGAACGUUGGGUCCCCAAGACCCGCAUCAUCACCACCAACACCUGGUCCUCAGAACUCUCCAAACUGGUACGUCUGGGGGGGGGGCUCUCUCUCCCCCCCUCCCCAUCUCUCUCUCUCUCUCCCCCUCCAGGGUUUGGUGGUAGUUGUUUCCAGAAGGAUGUAUUAAACCUGGUGUAUCUGUGUGAAGCUCUCAACCUCCCUGAGGUCGCCUCCUACUGGCAACAGGUGAUUGAUAUGAAUGAGUACCAGCGGAGGAGGUUUGCAUGUCGUAUCAUUGACUGUCUGUUUAACACAGUGACGGGGAAGAAGAUCGCUCUGCUGGGAUUCUCCUUUAAGAAAGACACUGGAGACACCAGGGAGUCUUCUAGUAUCUAUAUAUCUAAGUACCUGAUGGACGAGGGAGCCAAGCUCCACAUCUACGACCCUAAAGUCCUGAAGGAACAGAUCAUCCUGGACCUCUCUCAACCACACAUCUCUGAAGACCCUCACAGAGUGUCUGAGCUGGUCACGGUGUCAGUGGACCCCUACCAGGCCUGUCAAGGGGCUCACGCUCUGGUCGUCUGCACCGAGUGGGACAUGUUCAAGGAGCUGGACUAUGAGAGGAUCUACGACCACAUGUUGAAGCCAGCGUUUCUGUUUGACGGCCGUCGCCUGUUGGACCAACUGCACCCCCGCCUGCAGAACAUUGGCUUCCAGAUCGAAACCAUCGGUAAGAAGGUGACGACAUCUCGUAUUCCCUACACCCCCACGGCCGGAGUCCCUCGUAUCAGCAUCAACCCUGAACCCCCGACCAAGAAGACCAAAGUCUGAGACACACCCCUCAGAAUCAACCCUGAACCCCCGGCCAAGAAGACCAAAGUCUGACACCCCCCUGAACCCCCGACCAAGAAGACCAGUCUGACACACCCCCCUCAGAAUCAACCCUGAACCCCCGACCAAGAAGACCAAAGUCUGAGACACACCCCUCAGAAUCAACCCUGAACCCCCGGCCAAGAAGACCAGUCUGACACCCCCCUGAACCCCCGACCAAGAAGACCAGUCUGACACCCCCCUGAACCCCCGACCAAGAAGACCAAAGUCUGAGACACCCCCCUCAGAAUCAAAACUCUACCUCCUGUCUAUCCAGUCCUCCUCUACGAGGACAAUCAUUGAUAAUCAAUACGUUUUGAUGCUGCCGAUCGUUGUCAAUACUUCAACGGUUUUAUCUCCUGUUAUAUCUACCCAAUCACGUUAAUACUAUCUCUCAUUUCCUGUUAUAUCUACCCAAUCACGUUAAUACUGUCUCUCAUUUCCUGUUAUAACUGGCCAAUCACGUUAAUACUAUCUCUCAUUUCCUGUUAUAACUGGCCAAUCACGUUAAUACUGUCUCUCAUUUCCUGUUAUAUCUACCCAAUCACGUUAAUACGGUCUCUCAUUUCCUGUUAUAUCUACCCAAUCACGUUAAUACUGUCUCUCAUUUCCUGUUAUAACUGGCCAAUCACAUUAAUACUGCCUCUCAUUUCCUGUUAUAUCUACCCAAUCACGUUAAUACUGUCUCUCAUUUCCUGUUAUAUCUACCCAAUCACGUUAAUACUGCCUCUCAUUUCCUGUUAUAACUGGCCAAUCACGUUAAUACUGCCUCUCAUUUCCUGUUAUAUCUACCCAAUCACGUUAAUACUGCCUCUCAUUUCCUGUUGUAACUGUCAUCACUGGUUCUGAUUUUAUACAGACAGAAAUAGUGUGAGUCUUAAUAACGUCCCCUUUCGUGGUGCUCUCCUGGUCCAACGUACUGCACUAUAUAAAGGGUGUCCCCGUUCCCUUUCGUGGUGCUCUCCUGGUCCAACGUACUGCACUAUAUAAAGGGUGUCAUUUCAGAUGGAAUAGAUUCUUCAAAUCCUUUCAUUUCAUGCCUUUUUUAUAGACCAGUGAUGUCAUCAACCUGCGACUUAAAUAAAACAAGAUGUGAACUGUCA